GCUUGCAGAAAAAGGCAACCAGGCAGCCACUAAACGGGCACCAAUGCAUCUCGCUCAAAGUGCAAAGCCACUUCAUACAGGACGACCCUUGGUUUAUAAAUGCAGCAUGCCUGUGCUUGACACUUGCUGUCUUCUCUUCAUUCUCUAAACUGUCAUGAAAUGGUCGAGGUAUUGCCUAUCGCAUCUCACCACACCUCACCACACCUCACCGUGACCAGGACAGAUACCAGUCCUUAUUGGCUCGCUAAAUGACGGGAUCACCAACUCCACAGCUCAGGCAAGAAUACUAGGACCGAUCACCGCCCAUUCGACGACAAAUGCCGCGUUCACACGCGUUAUACCUUUUUGAAAAGGCCGACUCUUGCCGCAGAGCCGCAUCUUCGGAAGAAUACGUAUUCCCGACUGACGGGUGCGGGCCUCUGUGCUGUCCAGUUCCUUUUCCCAACCAGGCCAGUCACCCGGCCCGCCCAUGCUCCUUUCUACCGCACUGAAGACACGGAGGCGCCCUUUCCCUUUGCCGUCUCGGCUGGUCGAAACGGCUACCAAUGCAGUGUUCAAUGUAGCUUCGGAGGGCAGAGGAGCUGACCAUUUCCCGUUAUUGCAGAUCGGGAACUGAGUGGCCAUGGAAAUAUUUGGAGGAAUCGCAGUCUGGACCGACUCCCCGUGCUGUUUCACUGGGACACCCCAACAACCAGGAAGAUCUUGCCCAUUGGAAGAAUUGUGCGUUGACAAGGACGCGGACAUAGAUUGUGCAGCAUGUGACGAAUCCCUCAGCGUCAACGAGUGCGAUCACAAGGGUUUGUAUCUCGACCCACUCAGUGACCAUCCGAGGAUGCGUUCUCGGAUGCUGUGCAGACUUCACUCCAGGAAGACCCUGGCUCAUUAGCAGCAACUUCUUGGUUAGGUGCUGGAUGCCGCCGACCUCUGGGAGAGCUUGAUCGACGGUCAGAAAUGCUGGUCGGAGGAUGGCACUGGCUACAGUUGACCAAAUGCUGUUCCACCAUUCUGGCGCCACAAUCCAGGCGCUAAACUUGCGUGGCGACUGCAAUUUGUUACUUGUCCCGAUGUCUCAUGGGUGGUGGCCAUCAAACAUGCAUAUGCCAAGGGCUAUCUGAUUUGAUGUAGCUUGCACUUGUGCAUUCGCGCAGACGGAAGGUGGUCCAGCACUUUCGAAAGUCCCUUCUCUUUAGAGGCCUUAACAUAAGCAGCCGUCGUUUGAGUAUGUCUCUCUGCUGCUUGUGAACUCUCGGGUUACCAUCGCAUUACAUUGCAUCACGACUGUCUCGACUUUACCCGUCCUCACGAUGACCCAAGCUCCUUUCAGUCAGCGAUUCCUGCUCCGCAUCUCUCCGCUUCAACAUACCAACGGUCCACAACACGCAGCAAGAUCCACAGACGGCUACUGGCUGCCCUCGGAGCGCAGACAAGACUUCACGAAGAGCACUUCGCACUGGUGGGUCUGGGAUCCUGGCGCGACAGGAAGUCCACAUUAUGAGCAUCUGCGCCACGCCACCGCGCAGGAGGUGCAGGAUGCUCAUCCUCAUAAAUCCUGCAGCAUGUUUUGGGAUCCGGAGCGUGGUGGCUACGUACUAGUCCCAUUCGAUUGCAGCGCAAUGAGCGUCGCACAAGCAAUGCAUGACUGGCGACGACUUUCCUUCGGCCGUGUCCAAAGACCCGGCGCAGAGCAUAUUGCGAUAGCCGGGUACUUCAUGGAAGGCUACACUCUGCCCCUGGCCGGACCAUCGUCAUGGUUCGAGCAAUUGCUGCCUCGAGUGUGCCAAUCACCCAAUAUGGCACAAGGACGCCCAUGCGCCCUUGCCGGAGAUCUGGCUAUCCUCAUCGGUCUACUUGCAUUUUCCGCAAAGCCCGAGCACGUUAUGCACGCCAUUGACCGUUCGUUCAGGCCGGAUCGCAUGUCCACGAAUUUUCGACCACACCAGCUCCCUCCACCGGAUAGAACCCGAAAGCGCGGACUGGUGAUCGAGAUCCGUACGACGAGCCCCGAUCAUUUACGAGCCUGGGAAAACGGUGUAUAUGGAGGAAUAUUCACCUGAGAAACAAGAUACGUUAGCUCGGGGCUGAUUGGGAGUCGCUCGCGGGAAAGACGGUGGGAAGCAGUAUAAUCUUUAGCCAGAGCAUGCUGCCUUCAGGAAAGAUGUUAUGUCCCUCGAUCGACUCACAGACUCCUGCUGCCGAGUAUGGAACUGGUGGUUGGACGUACAAACAUCAAUACACGUUCGACUCCUCACUCCCCGACGUUACGAUAUUACGAUAUUACGAUGUUUUCAUAUACGUUCGCUCGGCUGCAACAUGGCAUGCAUUACGACCAGCAUUCGAUGGUCUUUUCAGUUUGUGACCAUGAUGACGACGACACGACCCGACACGAAACUGAUUCAUGAGUAUUCAUCACUGUGAUGUUUUAUGCUGGCUGGCUACUGACUCUGAUAAUGGCGUGCAUGAUUUGGUUCGCGAGGCUCAGUACUCGAGAGAGCUUCUUAGUGCGUUUUGGGAUUGAUAGUGUCCAUAUCCGAUUCUGCGAGAUACGUUCUUGUCUAGAAUUGACUGAACUUAGUCUAAGCUGAAGCCCGAC